AUGAUGUAUGAUGAACUCGCGGCGUCUGUUGUGGAGGAAGUGGCUCUUGAUGGAGAUCAGGGGACUGACCUUUCUCGCUUUUGGGACUUCGUUGAUUCUUAUGUCAACGGCAAAAAAGAUGAGCUGGCCGCUCCUCCUUCGACGGACGAUCAGUGGAAAGAUCACGUAUGGAAAAUGCUAUCGAGAAUGUCAGGAAUGACAUGUAAAGCGAUACCGGAGCGCCUUCAGAACAUUGCUGCGCAAGGCGGAACGGGAAGAAAGGGAAAAGGAAGGGUUAGGGAUGAAACUGUUGAGUUGGAAACUGUUGACGUUAGUAAUAUGACAUUAAAAGAUGCCAAUGAACUUUUUGGUGGCAGACUUCGAUUAGCGGCAGACGCGGAUUUACAGCGAACGGCUAUGUUUGGUGAUGAAGACAUUGUACAACUCGUCUCGGCACAAAGCCUCAAAGUUCUACAUCAUGUGGCUAGAACGCGUUCUGUCGGAGCAACGCAAGCAGACAUGGCCAAAGAACUUAAAUUAGAUCCGAGAUCUUUAUUCCAUUUUGUAAAAACGCUUGUACAGAAGAAACUCGUAGUUAAGCUUCCCGUCGUAACAAAAGGAAACUAUACAAGUUUAGUAAUACUUGCGAAAUGCGCUCCAUAUAAUUCUGCAUAUGCCGGAAAGUCUGUAUAUCUUCCAAGUCCAACCACGGGUUCUAAUCUUAGCUCGGGAGUAUCCUUUAACUCGCAUCUGAUCAGAUUCCGCAUAACACAAUUAUUAGCUAAUGCUAAAAAUCAAACGCUAUAUACAUCGGAUUUACUUAAAGCUUUGGGAAUGUCCAGUCCUUCCAUGAAACAACGGCGUUGGUUUAAUAGAACCCUUGGCGGACUGCAAAGACGAGGUUAUGUAGAGAAAUUGAAUGUUUUGAAGAAAACCGGUAGAGGUUAUGAGAGAUGUAUUAAACUGAUUAUGAUGUACGAUAUGAAUAAUUCGAAAAUGAUGACAACACGAGAUACGAAGGCUCUGUCAGGAUCAUCAAUACCUGCAUCCUCCUCGUCCACCCGAUCACUCAAGACAAAGUCAGCAAAAUCCCAUGGAAAAUUAGCACAAAAAAUUUCACCGAUUCACGUUUUAAAUCAAGCUAAAGCAAAAAAACCGAGUGACAUGUCACGAUCGAAAACCUGUAUAUCUCACGCUUUGUGUGAUUUGCCUAUAGAUCGUCAAAUAUAUGACCUUAUUCACUCUUCAGGAGAAGUAGGAAUCACUGCUAAAGAGCUUAGGGAUCGCCUAGGUAGUCUCAAUGUCAGAUUUUUAAAUAAAAUCCUGGUGAACCUCGUGAAGCCACAGCCGGACGAUUUAGUACAUUUUACGGUGAAAAGAGUUGGAGAAUUUCAAGGAAGAACAAGGCAGUAUAGGUAUUUUACUCCGAACGGAUUUGUAAAGUACCAGAUUGCACAAGGAUUUGAUCCGGAAGAAAGCGAAGAACUCGUUGAAGCUGGUGUGGAUAAUACGACAAUGUUUGAUCCUUUAAUUAACCGUGCGUCAGAGAAAUCACAUAAGAAAAGAAAAAUUCAGAGCGCUGACUAUCUUAUUGAAAUUGGAACGCCAACAAAAUCAAUACAAUCCGUAAACAAUUCAACCAGCAUUACUCCGGUGUAUAAACGGCUCGGCAAAAUACCGAGGAUCAGAAGUUUGAACAGCACCGAAGAGUUAACAGAAACGAGUAAUAAUGAUUCUGCAAGUUCUACAAACGAGCGUAUUGUUGUUGAGGAUGAGGAGGUUUCUGGAUUUAAGGCCAGUACAGGUUCUCGAGCCCAAGCCAUCUCUGUAGAACAGCGCCCCUCCACCAAGAAACCCGCAUCGGCCAAAUCUUCGUCCAGAGAUACUGGUUCUCGCAAACAAGUUGCAAGCAAUACAUUUACCUCUCGCCGACGCCAUAAAAUUAUCAGUGAUCUCCUCGAGGAACACAAAAUACUCGAAUGUAACUAUGUCUUAAUUCGACGUUAUCAGGAAGCAGAAGCAAGUAAUGGCAGUUCAACCCCCUAUCCCCACGUUGUCUGUAAGAAAACGCUCAUGCGCGCUGGGGAAUACAUGGAAAUUAAGGGCCUACUAAAGCGGUACACCGUUGCAUUACCGCUCCUAAACGGUGGGAUUACUCACAAACUAUUAUUCCUUCAUCCGACGUUAACACCAGACAGCAAAGAAGUAAAAGAUUAUGUUGCAAAAAUGCAAGAUAAAGCUAUCCUCGCUGGUGGAACUUAUAAGCCCGCUCCGGUGGAUGAAGUAGACGUAGAAGUAGAGAGAUUAGAUGAAAUGCAGAGACGCAUUGGUGUUGACGGUAUUCCAGGAGAUGUUUCUCCUCGAUCACGAUACGAUACGAUGAUGUUCGCUGAUAGUAUGGAUAUCGAUAAUACAGAAACUCUAACAUCAGAUGCAGGAGAGAAUAUCCAAAGCACUUCGCGAGUGAAGAUAUCGGACCCUGGGAGUGAUCUCUGGUGGUUGAAUGUAGCUCGGGAUUACGGAUGGAUUAAUGCAAAGAUGCUUCGUGCCAAAUUAUUACAUCAGUUUUUGAUAGAGACGAUCAAUAAUGCCUCGCCAGAUGAUACUCGUGUUUCUAAAGAAGUUAGUGUGUUUGAAACAGCUAUUUUACUUCGAGAGAUGCCAUUGGGAUUGUAUCUGCGCAUUAUUGGGCAAACAAGUCCCAUUAAGGAGCUUACUGACUAUAUUAACUCUGGUGGAGAUCUUUUUGUGCGGUUGAUUGAUGUGGCGCCCGAGAUUCGUGCUACUAUUUUCAAUCGUAAUUACAAAUUUAGGGUUACUUUGAAGAAUUUGUUGGAUAUAUUAGUAGCCUUGCAACUUAUAAGUUCAAUAUCAAAGUUACUUGACGAUGAGGGAAGACCUUUGUUCGGCCCCUUGACUAGAAUGUGGUUAGAAGGCGCAGACGAAGCUGGAGCUUCGGCGUUUUUGGAAACGUCCGAUUCCGAUGUACUUAUGCCAGCGUAUAAAGUUAUGCAUACUGUACCAAUGUAUGAUUAUGCCGUACGUGGACCUAAUCGCCCUUACAUAAAAGACUAUCAGAUAGUGACUCCGGAGGAUCUGCAAAUAUACUGGAGCGAAUUACAGUAUAUUGCACUACAGCGUGAAACGGAAUCUAAUGCUGCUGAUAUGUGUGGAUCUCAAGACGCCUCUCAAGAUAAAAUCAACAAUACAAAGAAUAAAGAUCCCCUUCGCUUUAUAACCUUCCCUCGUAAUUGGCAGGGUUCAUACGCUUUAAGCAUCCGACAAAAAAAACUGCUCGAGUCUUACGUAGACCGUACAGCGGGUAAGACACCUUACGAUGAUGACAUGCUCUGUCAGAAAAUAAGCAAAGAAUGUAUAAUUCCCGUGUCUCGCGUUAAAGCCUACUAUAAACGUAUUGAAGAAGCUUACUAUCAAAAAACUCAAACCAAGCAACAGAAUCGCGCAAGCACCAAACGCGUUCCAAGACCACGUAGAUCGCGACGUGAAGGUCUUCUCAAACAACGAUCCAUUUCCGGUGUUGUCGCCUCCGCACAGGGCGAGCCCUCAUUCCGUAGACGUCGUCGUACGACAAACGUUCAUCGACUGGUCAAGAAAGUCCAACGAUCUCGUAAUAAUAUUUCCAACAGUACGAAUCAAACUGAGACUAAUGAUGGACUACAAAUUGAAGCGGCUAUUGUUGACGGUGAGAUUGUACCAGUGAUUAACGAUGCGACACGUUUUGAGACGCAAUAUGAAGAACUAGCUCAACGUACACGACCUAAUUGGAUGGUAGAAGAGGAUGAGUUGUUAAUUUAUGCUUACGCUAUUAUGAAAGUUCGUGCGGCAAAGACAAGGUUUCUGUGGGCCGCUAUUAAUAAAGUGAUACCACAUAGGACCAAAGAAAUGUGUCGGAGAAGGAUAGCUGUUCUAAGCAAGAGAGUUAUUAUGAGAGACAGAAUUAACAGUUUGAUUAUCCAAUGGGAGAGAAUAUACAAAAAUGCUAUUGAGAAAGAGGAGAUUAUUGAUGAGAAUGUGAACGAUUUGUUGAAUUACGAUCUUCUUGGUCAAGUUGAAUAUUUCAAGAAAAUUAUGGAAAAUCAGCCGAGGCAUGCAUAUUAUAUCGAUAGACUUUUUUUUUUCUGUGGAUAUGAAAAUGUCUCCAUUCUAAACGAGCGAUUUGUUGUCAAAGAUUUCUCGUCCAAUCGCAGAAUUGAUUAUUAUUUUGAAGACCAGCUUCCAGGGAAAUCGCUCAGACAAAAACAAGAAAUUCUUCUCUCUAGUCAGUUUUCUUGUCAACUUCCGAACGACGAGCUUGUCGAUCUUCCCUCGAAAUGUGAAAGUAUGCCGAUGGAUACAGGAAAAAUGAUCACAGAUAUGAUCGAAGCAUUGUUAAAGAAGAUGAUCCUUCUAACACCAGACGAUCAAUAUGAUACCACUCAUGCAUUCUCUAUACUUAACUCUUAUCCCAUUAAAUACGUUGACAAAGCAUUGGAGGAAUCCAAAGCGAGUGGGGCUAUUGUCAAAGUCAAAAGCGGAUUCGAUCGAAGAGUUCCCGGUCGUGGUUAUCAUGUCUCUGAGAAAUUUCUUAAGGUUAUAAACGGCAACUUGCCAGAGCGAUUCUUUACGCACGCAGCAAACUACUAUAAACAGCUUGUGCAAAGGGUCAUGUUUUCGCCUUUUGCCAACAGUGGAACCAUGGCUUGUCUGUUGGAUAUGCUUGCAAAUGACAAGAUUACUCUGACGGGACUGCUGCCAUCGCAUUUGUUUGCGAAUUUAAUACCGAAUUACAGAACGCGCCAAAUUGACGAAAACAAGUUGGAGUUUGACAUUGUUAUCUCUCCCAAGAAUUCCGUUCAUUUCGACGCCACUAUGAAGACAUCGAUAGUGUCACAACGUGAAUUUCUAUCAGAAUCAAAUAACCAUCAACUUCCAACAAUAGAACAACCAAAGAUAGUAAUGCUCGAUGAAGACACGUCUAUGGAUACUAUCGAUAUAGAGAUAGAGAAUAGACAGAGUUUACACGAAGAGAAUGUAUUAGAAACGCAAGACAGACAGAAGGAGAAAGGAAAAAAACCGUCAUGUCAUUUCAAAAUUCCAAAAUCUAAAAAGGAAGCUGUGUCAGAAGCCAAGAAAUUGAUGAUGACUCUGGAUAAAGAGACUGGAAAUAAUGUUUUUGCCGUUUUUAAAGCAGUUGCUCGGUUUGGUAAACUUGGAGUGACGAUUAAUUCGUUAAAGGCCUACCUACAGGAGAAUUCUAAUCAAAUUCCGGACGCUCAUAUCAAUCAAUCUCUUAAUCUCCUGGGGAAUCAUACCCCUCUAUUAAUUAUGCGUGUUGGCCAUAAAGUUAACAGAUACGUUUGUGGUAUAUACGCGGAACGGUGGCUAAUUGAUGUUUCUAACAGACAAAGUUAUAACUCUGCUCGGUACACGCCCCGGACAGUAAAUGCAGCAGUUGACGUAGAAACAAUAUCUGGUCAAGGUCAAACGUUGAGAGAGAGAACUGAACCAGAGAAGAAAUUUGCAUUACCUAGAAUGUGGUAUAAUAUCAAUGGCGAAUUCAUUGAAUCCGUUCAUCGCGGAUGUUUAGAGGUGGUCCUUGGAACUAUACUGAAGAUACCAGGAAUUUAUGAGUCUAACAUCUAUAGAAAGCUACGAUUGGUCAUGACACAUGCUGAGAUCCAGGAUAUCUUAGAGGAUCUCGUGGAGAGAGAAUGUGUAACAAGGCGAUGUUUCUUGAAACCGCAAAAGGCAACAUUAUUUUCGGCGCCGAGGACCUUUGAGGAUUGUGAAGGAAUCAAUGCACCAUUUGGGAGAAAAGACGAACGCAGACCAGAAACCAAAGUGAUAUUGUUUGCUGCUUCGGCAGCGAGUGUCAACAUGACAAACCGAAAUUCAAAUGUAUCCGCCGACUCACUCUUCAGGAUCGCAGACAGAUCGGUCCUCCGGUCACCCAUGCCAAGACACAUAAGCUCACUUCAUUCCAUAGGGACAGCUGCUCCUACUUCACCUCAUAAACGUAGUCCAAUAAAACCCGGGAAGUUUGUACGGCCGACGCCUAUAGUGCCUGCACUCGGCAUACCAACGACGUAUAAUGUCACUAGCUCGCCGUCAGCUUAUGACAGUUUAAAACAGAAUACAAUCCCGGAGAAGUUUUCCUCAUCAGAAGCGCGUUUACCGGAGCCAAGUAACGAUUUUAGCCUUGUAUCUACUGAGAAAAAGGUCGCACCAAGUUUCGAGGUAAGCUCGCUUCCUAGUCCUUUGAUAGAAGACGAUUAUCGACCGGAGAAAGGAAUAUACAUGACUCGUUGGCAUUUGAGAUGCAUUUCUGCAUGUGGAUUGAACCUUCCGGAUGAUCUUAGUGUUUGGGUAGUGUUGAAAGGAAUACGGAAAUACAAGGGACAAUGGAAGGACUGGCAUUCAUCAGCGAUUGUCGAUAGAGUUGACUCGCGAACCGUGCAGACAUUAAGUGGACAAAAGUACUACCUAGCUGGCGACGUCAUUGCUGAUACAAUGAUAGAAGAUGGAUUUUCAUCAGAGUUAAUAACUCGAUUUUCGCAAGGAUUUCCUUCAGAUUGGAAAACAGUGUUGGCUGUUGAAUUCGAAAGACAUCAAAGCCAUAGAAUAAUGACGAUGACAUCAACGCCUACAAAGCCUAAAAAAGUCGCGAAUUACGAUCAAAAUGACUGUGCGGAUGACCUGUCUACCAAAUCACCGGCCCGUAGGGUUUCUAACACAAAUAAGGAUUUGUUCUCGAAUACAAAUAAGGAUUUGUUCUCGAAUACAAAUAGGGAUUUGUUCUCGAAUACAAAUAGGGAUUUGUUUUCUAAUACAAAUGAGGAUUUGUUUAAUGAGGCCGAACCGACUCCGCCAUCACCAGAGACGACGGUAGUGGAUUCUGACGACGUGAUUCUACCAAAAGAUGUAAUUGCUGUCACUCGCUCAGGACGUCGAAUAAAACGACCCGGUGCUUGGUGGGUCAGCCAUUAA